UCGAAGGUGGGCAGGACAGGGCAGGUAUGGGGAUUUAUAGGGAGAGGGAGUUGCUUUUGCUGCAAACGGUUUUCCCGAAACCUUUGCUCUCGGGUCCCGCGCCAGGAGUUCGGCAUUGUGGCCCGGUCUACUAUCCGCUUGUUCUUGGAAAAAGCGUCAGAGAGCAGCUGAGAGAGGCUUAACAUUUCAAACGUCUGGCGGUAGGCUGCAAAGUUUCCACCCUGAAAACACCGUCAUGUAGCAGCAGCGGCGGCAGGCUGAAGCAGGACACCACACCUCACGGCUUGGUGUUCAAUAGGAGUUAGUUUGCAGUAAAGUUUGUGGCGCACACUCGUUUUAGUCUCUGUCCGAUGGAAGCUGGUUUAUUUCGUAUAGGAGAACCUGUCUGUGCGUGUUCUGUUGCAGGUGCAGCAGUGCUGGAAUUCAAUUUCUUAAUUCGUAAUUGUAUUCCUGUGUUUCAAAUGCGGCGUUAUACAACAUGACCGUUAUAAUUUAUCAGCUCUAUCAGCCUUUGAACAUUUUGACAGGUAAUGAAUUUAUAUUUUAGAUUUAGAGUUAGAUUGAUUCUGUUUCAAUGAGAAACCAUCAUAAUCAUGUUUGACUAGUUGUAUCCUGAGUUAAAAUAAUUUUUUCCACCUUGUGCGUAAAAGUCUGCUCAGCAUAGUGCAUCACGGUGAAAAAGUGAGAUUCCGGUCCUCUUAGUCAUAGAUGUCCUCUCAGCUGGAAGGAGGCCUGCAGCUGGAGACAACAGCAAAACUUGAUGUACUAAAAUCCGAAGAAGUUGUUGACGUGACAAGUCCUGACGGAUGCGCAGGGCAGCAGGGCUGCCGCGAGGACAGAGGAGGAAAUAAACCGUCCCCGUCUUCAGAGCACCAUCAGCAGAAACCACGCAAGAUGACCCGGAGCCCCAAAUGCGCCCGCUGUCGCAACCACGGCGUCGUUUCGUGUUUGAAAGGCCACAAACGCUUCUGCCGCUGGAGGGACUGUCGCUGUGCCUGCUGCCUGCUGGUGGUGGAGAGGCAGCGCGUCAUGGCAGCUCAGGUCGCACUGAGGCGGCAGCAAGCUGCGGAGGGUAAGAGGGGGGUCAGGUGUGCUGCUCCGUUGCGGAGGACGGCCUAUCAGCGUUACACCAGAGCAGCCGAGCCAAGCAUCCUUGCUAAGAGCAUCCUGCAGGGGCUCAAACCAGUGGUGCCGCUGGAGGAUGACACCUCCUGCUGGUCAAAGCAGACACAGCGCGACCAAACACACUUCACGUGUCCCUCCAUCAGCGCCCGGAUGAGGAAGAGGCGAGCCUUUGCAGACAAGGAGUUGGAGAAUGUGAUGCUGGAGCGGGAGCUAAGACAAAGAGAGCUGCAAGACCUUUCCUUCACCUCCUCUGGCCUCGUCCCUGUGCUUCACCCUCCGCCCCUGCCUGUCUCCCCAAGCCUUCACUGCUGUCUUCUCAACAAGGACCCCACCACUGCAGGCGCGUCCAGUUAUGUGCCUGUGUAUAAAUAUAAGCCUUUGUAUGAGUGUGAUUUCCAGUUCUAUCAGUUCUUCCACCUAAAGAGCAAAACCUCUGCAGAAGGUGACUAUAAUGACUUAUUAUGCCAAAGCGCAGAGCAAAAUAGGGAGGAUGAGGAGGUGCAGAACAGCUGGAAAAGCUGUGAGAAGAAAGACCAACCAGAGCUGAUACAUCUAUCAUCACAACAAAGACUCAAACAUCAUGGCAGCAUCUUGUCAGGUCUAGAUCUUGUCAAAUCCCCUUCAGAACUCAGAGAAAUAAUGGACUCAAAUGGCUCUUCAACUGUCACACACUCUAUUUCUGGAUCAGAUCAGGGUAUCCUGGGCAGGCCAGACGUCAGUGCACCCAGCAGGACUUUUGAUCCCAGAAUCCUGACAGCUAAGGGCUCGUGCACAGACACUCCUGCCGACCAGGCAGGCGCUCACGCUGACUCUGUCAAGAGCCCUCAUGGCAGCUCAGUCAGGACUCCAGCUGUGAGGCCAUUACCUUUCUCUGUAGAGGCUUUGCUGAGGGCCUGACUGGCAAAUGGAAAGCAGUGUAGUGCACUGUUUAUGUGCGGACUAAGAAUUGAUGUUGAGUGAAUAAAUAUAGAAAUGGCUAUAGGUGUAUUACAGGUUUUGAAACACAAGGGCUGGUUGUUAUAAAGUGGCAAUAGGUGAAAUAUUUAUGAAAAAAUAUGAAUUACAGUUUUUGUAUUUUUAUUAUUUUUCAUUAAUAUGUAUUUAGUUAUAUUUUAACUGUAUUUAAAAAUAUAUCAAUGAAACAUAGAUAUCUACUUGAUAAUUAUAUUUUCAUGUGUAUGUAUACAUUGUGCAUAUUUUGUACAAAUAUACACUUUAGAAAUAUAAUCCUGUUUCCUUUGUCAACAAGGUGAUGAAAAUGUACUGAACCGCUUUGACCCACUCACAUCAAUCAAGAAGAAAUAUACAGUACAUCCAUAAAACAAAGUUCAUGAAAAAGUC